GGAUUCGAUCCUGCACGGCGGCAGCAAAGGCGGGGCGGAGGCUCGGCCUGAGCGGUGGGGAACGGAUUAGGGGAGGAGGGAAGACCGGAAGCCACGGUCGCGUCCCCAUCCUUAGAUUCGCUUCUUUCCCCCCCACCCCCACCCCCGCCUGGGCUGGGAGUGGAGACGCCAGAGGAGGAAAGAGGCUGGAUGUGGGCUCGGUAAUAAAGGGGAGCGGCCGCUCCGGAGCCUUCCCCCGGGGCGCCCCCUUAGCCCAGACGGGCUCUCCGCCACCGGCCCUAGGACGCGCGCGCCCCCGCGGACGGUGCGGCCGCGCAGACCUUUGCAGAAGAGGCGCUGCACGCGGCGGGGACUGGCCGGCGGCAUCUGAGGCCCGCACCCCACGCCACCCCCACCGCCUGCCCGCCGGUCCCUCCGGCCGCCGCCAUGUCCUCGUCCUCCUCCUCCCCCAGGGAGACGUACGAGGAGGACCGGGAGUACGAGAGCCAGGCCAAGCGCCUCAAGACCGAGGAGGGGGAGAUUGAAUACUCGGCGGAGGAGGGCGAGAACCGUCGGGAAGCGACGCCCCGGGGCGGGAGCGACAGCGGUGGCGGUGGUGGCGGCGGCCGGAGCUUCUCCCAGCCGGAGGCAGGUGGAAGCCAUCAUAAAGUUUCGGUUUCACCCGUUGUCCACGUUCGAGGGCUCUGUGAAUCUGUGGUGGAGGCAGACCUUGUGGAGGCUUUGGAAAAAUUUGGGACGAUAUGCUAUGUGAUGAUGAUGCCGUUUAAACGACAGGCUCUAGUGGAAUUUGAAAACAUAGAUAGUGCCAAAGAAUGUGUGACUUUUGCUGCAGAGGAACCUGUGUACAUUGCUGGUCAGCAAGCUUUUUUCAACUAUUCUACAAGUAAAAGAAUCACUAGACCAGGAAAUACUGAUGAUCCAUCAGGAGGCAACAAAGUUCUCCUGCUGUCAAUUCAGAAUCCUCUUUAUCCAAUUACAGUGGAUGUUUUGUAUACUGUAUGCAACCCUGUUGGAAAAGUACAACGCAUUGUUAUUUUCAAGAGAAAUGGGAUACAGGCAAUGGUUGAAUUUGAAUCAGUCCUUUGUGCUCAGAAAGCUAAGGCUGCACUUAAUGGAGCAGACAUCUAUGCUGGAUGUUGCACCCUAAAAAUUGAAUAUGCAAGGCCAACUCGUCUAAAUGUUAUUAGGAAUGACAAUGACAGUUGGGACUACACUAAACCAUAUUUGGGAAGACGAGAUAGAGGAAAGGGUCGCCAGAGACAAGCCAUUUUGGGAGAACACCCUUCUUCGUUUAGACAUGAUGGCUAUGGAUCCCAUGGUCCAUUGUUGCCUUUACCAAGUCGUUACAGAAUGGGCUCUCGAGAUACCCCUGAGCUUGUUGCAUAUCCAUUACCACAAGCUUCUUCCUCUUACAUGCAUGGAGGAAAUCCUUCUGGUUCAGUUGUAAUGGUUAGUGGAUUGCAUCAACUAAAAAUGAAUUGCUCAAGAGUCUUCAACCUAUUCUGCUUAUAUGGAAAUAUUGAAAAGGUAAAAUUUAUGAAGACCAUUCCUGGCACAGCACUGGUAGAAAUGGGUGAUGAGUAUGCCGUAGAAAGAGCUGUUACACAUCUUAAUAAUGUCAAGUUAUUUGGGAAAAGACUUAACGUUUGUGUAUCUAAACAGCAUUCAGUUGUUCCAAGUCAAAUAUUUGAGCUGGAGGAUGGUACAAGUAGUUACAAAGAUUUUGCAAUGAGCAAAAAUAAUCGCUUUACAAGUGCUGGCCAAGCAUCUAAGAAUAUAAUACAACCACCCUCGUGUGUGCUGCAUUAUUACAAUGUUCCACUGUGUGUCACAGAAGAGACUUUCACAAAGUUAUGUAAUGACCAUGAAGUUCUUACAUUCAUCAAAUAUAAAGUGUUUGAUGCAAAACCUUCUGCCAAAACGCUUUCUGGGCUGUUAGAAUGGGAAUGCAAAACCGAUGCAGUAGAAGCUCUUACUGCACUUAAUCAUUACCAGAUAAGAGUCCCAAAUGGUUCCAAUCCCUAUACUUUGAAGCUUUGCUUUUCUACAUCAUCCCACUUAUAAGAAGAGAAGAGCAUGUUAGAAUUUAUGUUCAUCUUCAUUACAGUUUUAAAGCUACCUUUAUUAAAAAUAAUCCAAAAUGGUUGAUCUAAUGUUGCCUUGCUUACUUUAAGAUCCUGUUCUGUAAUAAAAUAUUUUGCCUUGAGUAAAUUUGUUGUAAACUUAAAUAUUGUUUUCAUUUUAAGAUAGACUAUCAUAAUGUAGACUGUCUACAGUUUCAUUGUAGAUUAUGCAAAUAUAUUAUUCUAACCUUAUUACUAUAAUUUUUCUUCCACAGUAAAAAUAUAUUUGCAUUCUUAAUGCUAAUUAUCUGCAAGUAUUUUUCCAUUGUGUAUGAAAUUAAUGCAGGUGAAAAGUAUUGCAUUUUAAUAUAGAAUUCUUACAAUAUGUUUAGAUGUUUAAGUAUGUUACAGUUACUCAUAUUAAACAUAACUUGUAUUUAUUAUUUUAAUCAAGUUUGAGAAUAACAUUGCACAUGUUGACUUUUGAGAACUACAGAUUUAGCUGAUUUUAUAUUUCUGAAAGGCUAACAGACAUAUGGAUACACUUGUACAGUAUGCACUCAGAAUUAUUUAAAUUGGUGUAUUUUUUUUAAAACCAUUGUCCAUUUGUAUCAACAUGCUUCUGUUUCUAGUUCCAGUUGGAGAUUUUAUAAAGUUAUAAUAAUGAAUUAAUGUGUUCAUCUUCAUUUGUUGCAUGUAACCUAAACUUGAAAAAUACAUCUAGUAUUUGGCAUUGAGAUUUUAAUAGAGGUUAUAAUUGACACCUCCUCUUCUAUGUAAUAAUCUGGGACCCAUAAAUGACUUUUAGAGAGACUGUGAGCCCCCCAAAAUUAUGUGUAGAAUUUUGGGUAUUUGCAUUUUUACCUUUUACUCUUUGACCCAUCAUAAUAUAUGUAUUUUUCUAUAUGGCACAAGACUUAGGAUUUAAUUUAAUUUUAAUCAACAGGUAGUUACUUGUCUCAACACCAUUUAUUAAACAUUCUCCCACUG